AUAGUUCUUGUACGUCCCCUUGAAGAACCGCCCGCAGCUCUCAAAAAGUGUGGAGUUUUGUUCUGAGCUAGAAGUCAAAAGCCAGUCGUGUAAAUAAAUAUUGCAUAAAAAUUACGAUUAUUUUCUAAUUUUGCUUCCAUCGGCCGAAUAAACGAAUUCAAAAGCCUUUAAAUAGAUUCGGCGCACUUUGAGCGUUGUUUUCGCCACACCCAAAAGAAAAUUUUCUUCCAUUUGCAGCGCAGUGAGUGAUAAGCGGAAGAGACAAAAAUGUCCGAUGACGAAUCGUUCAUAGUGCUCGGCUCGACGCCGACCCCAUCCUUGGAGCAAUACGUGUCCGGCAACGUCCAACGUCAGGAAUCGCUGCCGGGUAAGACGAUGGCCACUUCCGCCGCUCAAACCAUCUCGAACAAUUUCAGUCUGAUUCGAGGGGAUGAGUCACUGAAAUCAUUAUCUCCGAAAUCUGUUCAAUCGGUUCAGGGGUCCCCAAGUGGUGUAGCCAGCAUGAACGGAAGCAACCCACUGGCGGCCAGUGUCAUCAUGGGCGAAACCAAGUCCAGCUUGUUCCAAACUUUCCCGAGUCUGAUGAAUUCCUCGAUGCCUCUGGACGAAAUUCAAAUGCUUCAGCACCUGAUGAACGAACACGGUCAGAUGAAGGAAAACCUCCAGAUGGCCAAUGUGGCCAUGCGGAAGAACUUCACCAGCAUCCAGAAGUGGCAGGAAGAGGUCAAAGCCAAAUACGCCCAUCAGGUUCGACUGAACGACGAACAAAAUGCGAUCAUCACUCAGCUUAAGGAAGAUAACGAUAAACUGAAGCAACUUGUCCUCGCCGGAGAGACUCGAGUCGCAGAACAGGACAAACGUGCCGCCGAGCUGAAGAUUUCCCUCGAGAAAGCCCUGGACGAAGUCCAGAACCAGAGCCAAGCUGAACGGGCCGCCGCCCAGGCCGAACUGGACGAGCUGAAAAAAGCCCUUUCGGAAAAGGAAUCCAUCGUGCGGAAUAUGGCCCGGGAAAUCGAACGGUUGGAGCUGGAGAAGCAGGAAUUUGUGCUGGUUAAACCGAACAAACCGGAAGCGGCUGAGAAAGAGGUGCAAUUCAUCACCAAAGAGGAACACGACCGCCAGAUCAAGGUGCUGCAGCGGGAGAUGUCCGUCAUCGUGGCGAAGAAUUUGGAGUUCGAGGACAUGAAAAAGGUUUACAUCGAUGAGCUGAACUGCCUGCGAGUUAAUCUGACCGCUGCGGAGGAAGUUUUUGGCAAAAAUCGCGCCCAACUGGAUCGCCAGGCCAGAGAAAUCGAAACCAAAGACGUCUCGCUGGCGGAAAACAUCCGUGAACUGAAGACCCUGGCCGAGCAGGUGGAUGUCCUCACGGCGCAGCUGGACAUCUAUAAGAACGAUUUCGAAGCCGAACGCACGGCACGGGCCGAGUUGGCCAGCGAAAAGGAUCGCGUCCUUACCGACCUGAAGCUUCUCCAGAGGCGUAACCAACAAUUGAUUGAAGAAGUGCAGAACGGAAGAGUGGCCGAGGAGAGGACAACUCGUGCGGCCAACGAAUCCCUAGACCGACGCGAACCAACGCCACCUCGAGCCAGCUCAAGUGCCGAGGGUGCCACUGGUGGUGGUGGUGGCGCUGCUCGGGAGGAACAAACCUACGAUCGACCGGUCCUGUAUUGUCCCCUGUGCAACCAGGGCUACAGAGAUUUGGUCACCCUGCAACACCACGUCGAAGACUGCGUCGGCAUCAAUUGAAUUCAGGUGGCCUUCGUCUGCGGAGUGGUGGGGAUUUAUUAGGUUUGUGUCAUACGAUCCAUCGGUAUCGGUGGAUAUUCGCUACAAGCGGUCAAGAACUGAGAGGGACUGUUACGGAAGUGUACGUAGAACGAUAGAAGAUGACCUUCUAGGAUAGAACUCAUAUGACUUAUUACACAUUGAACUAUGUACUGUAUUAUCUUAGUAUAGGACCUUAGUCAACGGCAAUGGGGUGGAGAUGACAAUUUUCACUUUUUAAUCUUAUUUUAAACUAUGCUGUGUGCCUAUAGUUUAACAAUGUUUAAUUAGUUCUCAAAAUCUACGAUUUUGUUAAGGAACUUAAAUACCUUCUUAUAUGUGUAAUAGAUUUCACUUGAAAAAUUCAAUGCUUUAUUUAGUUAGACAAAAUUACAUUGGAGAAAGCGAAAAUUGAUAUCUCUGACCGAACUGUUGAUUUUAUUUCAGAAUGUUAACCAAUAAAAAAGAAAUACAUAUAGCUGAUUCGUUAUGAA